AUGAGUCUGGAUUACGAAUUGUACAAAGAGGGUGGAAUACUCAAUGAUCGCUACCAGAAGAUUGAAGAUAUCAGCGAAGGCUCCUAUGGUUACGUUUCAUUGGCCAAGGAUAUCCAGAAGAAGAAGCUAGUCGCGGUAAAGUAUAUUUACAAGCUGGAGAAAGAGGAGACUGAGGACGGUGUCCAACAGGAUGAACAGGAUGAGGAAGCUAGUGGUGUUAGUAGUUCAACCAGUAGUUGUGAGAAGAGAAAUAAGAUGGCUAAGCACCGUAAGUUGGCUAUUUCCUCGGAGGUUAAAUCUCGAUUGUCGGAAAAUAUCUGUUACGAAUCCGCCUAUGAGAUAGAAAUUCAGACCAAAAUCGGUAAUGAUCACAAAAAUAUUGUGAAAUUGUUGGAUUUCUUUGAUUCCUACAUCAUCUUGGAGUACUGUUCAGGUGGGGAUCUAUAUGAGGCCAUUAAGAACGACCUCAUUCCUAGGAAGACGAAACAGAUCACUCAUAUUCUUACGCAAACCAUUGAUGCUCUCCAAUACGUGCAUUCUAAGGGUAUUUACCAUCGUGAUAUUAAACCCGAAAACAUCUUGAUCUCCAACCUGUUCGAUUGGACUAUCAAGCUUAGCGAUUGGGGGUUAGCUACUUGCAAUCUAAAGUCGCUUGAUCGGAAUGUUGGAAGUGAAAGGUAUAUGGCGCCAGAACUUUUCGAAAGCAAUUUGGACAUCGAAGAGAGGAAGGAGCCUUAUCAAUGUGAUAAAGUUGAUGUUUGGUCAAUCGGUAUUGUUUUCCUCAACAUUGUCUUUUCUAAAAACCCUUUCAGUGUUGCAAACCAGUCAGAUAAAUCAUUCUGUUAUUUUGCGGCCAACAGAGAGGCUCUCUUUGAUGUGUUCUCCACAAUGAGUCUCGAUUUCUUCCAAGUUUUGAGACAUAGUCUAACAAUUGACCCCACCAAUAGGGAUUUGGAGAAAAUGAGAUUGGAAUUGAAUAACCUUUCAGAAUACACUUUGGACGAUGAGUACUACAACAGUUUGCAGGACGAUGAAGUUGCCAUCUCUGAUGAAGAAACACAUCCAGCCCCAGCAUAUAUACCACCUUCAUCCGCUCCAGUUCCAGUGUCAUUACCCACACCCAUAUCUUCUUCUAUUGGUAAGACUACGAAGAGGUUACAACCUUCGGGUAGUAACACUCCAAAGAGUUCUGUAGAGGAAUCGAAAGUAACUCCGCCUGCUGGGUCUUCUCCUCCCAACGCCACUCAAUCGACAACCAGCAAACCAGAGGGAAGACAAAGAGCUAGGUCGGUUCCUAAAUUUAAGUUCAGGAAGCGGAGUCAUCCACCACCAAAGAAUAACUCACCCAAUAAUAAUCAAAACAAUGGCCAUCAUUACAAUGGCGGUAAACCAAUCAAAAAUAAUUACAAUUUCAGUUACAAUCAUCAUAACAACAAUAACGGUUACACAAAUAACAAUAAUAACCAAAAAUAUUUUCAAUUCUAUGGCGAUAAGCCAAAGAUCAUUAAGCAUUCAAGGAAGCCUCUCGGCAUCCCAACCCCAAAUACCCACAUUAACACCUAUUUUCAUGACUAUCAAAAGAGUAGGCAAGACAAUGGUUACUCAAGCCACAAUAGUUUCAAUACUAGAGAUUUUUUCACCCCACCAAGUGUUAAUAACAGGUAUAUGGAGGGCAUUUUCAACCAUAAUCAUACAAGCAAGCCAAAUAUCAAGCAUUUAAAUUUCCCCACGAAUGAUUCAAAAGGCAAGAAUAACAGGAGACCUAACGCGGGGAAUCGUCUUUCCGUUCCACGGACAAAGCAAACUUCACAAGGGCUGGUGUUAAGUCAUCACUCGCCUGGUAAGUACAUUCCUCCAAAUGCAAGGAACUAUUUUACAAGUCAUCACCCCAAUGUUCCUGACAUUUCUACCGUAUUAAGAACCCCAACCUACCAUGAAGAGCAUUCCAACAACGAUCUCGCCAACAAGAAUGACAGCAACGGUGGCGGAGUUGAUUUAGAUGAUGUUCUGUUUACUCUCGAAGAGAAUGAGCAUGAUCUCCCUCUUAGCGAUAUCAAUAAGCUAUCUCUUUAUGAGCCACCGAUCAGCUCCCAUGACACGAAUUUACAUGAGAGAACCGGAAGCGACUACCCUGACCUAUUGAAGUCACCGGAACCAGUCAAGACGAACAUUACUGUUACUGAGAACCCUUAUGCUAGCCAGUUAUUAGAUGGUGGUGCCAGCGGGAAGAAUCAUAUUUCCACAGCUCAACAUCGCAAAAGUGUAGCUUCAGAGCACAAAUAUAAGCCAGGAGUUUACGUUCCGCCUCAUCAUCGUAAGAGCUCAACAUCUCCCACUUCGGCGAACGAGGCUACCUUAUCGGUUAUGAAUAAUUCAUUCAAUUACUCCACUUCUUUUGGCUCUAAGUACGCUUCGGCCAAUUCAGGCCAAUCCAUGAAUUACCAGGCACCGUUUUUAUCCUCUUUGAAAAAUCACUCGACUACGACGACAGCUCUACAGGAUAAAGACGUUUUUGCCUACACUGAUAAUGAUGCUAUAUUGUUCUCAGAAGAUGAAAACGACAUAGAUGAUCCUCAAGACGGCAAGACCAUGUUUGGACCUUAUGAGAUUCAUGAUUACGAUGGAGCUUCAUAUGGUAAGCUUCGCGCAGGGCGGAAAUCUAGCACCAUACAUGAUGAGGCCGUUGGUUCAUUGGAGCAAUACAAAAAUAACUGGCUGAUGUUGCAACAACAACAGGAUUAA